UACACUGACCAUUGAACAAAGGAUAGGCUACUUCAUCAGCUAUGGCCGGCUUCGUCUACGUGGUUGCGAUCAUUCUUCUCUUCGGGGCUGCGACGCUGGAAGCCAAGACACAUAAAAAACUACCAAAAGGCAAAAGACUGUACUGUGACUUCAACGAACAGAACGUUACUGCUGCAUGCGCCAACGUGUCUGGCUCGAACAACGACACGCUGUGGUUUUUCCAAGGCGGUUCUGGAAGCCCAGUCGGUUGCUAUAGGAGAAAGACUUGCCCUGAGAUUCAGUGUUAUGGCUUUCCAUCUCACAUGGAAUGCGCGACGUCCACUCUAAAGUGCCGGAACCCAAACUUCGAUCGUCCAUACAAGGACUGUAGAAACAUUAAAAAGAAGGGCAAGAAAGAAAAGAAAAAGAAACCGCCAAAGAAAGGAAGAAAGAAGAAAGAGUGACUGACGCGGAACAAGUCAAUGUCUCAAUAAAGAAUUAAAGAUGC